AUGACCAUAGCUAGCAGAAAUUGAUACAAUGGCGCAAAGCUGUUUUAUAUAUUCAAGCAAAAGUUAAAAAGUCUAAAUAGACCUUUCUUUACAGAAAUAUCCAGGGCAUAUAUAGAAAAAAAGAAUAUGCAAAGUCCUCUUGAAAUGGAUAAUAAAAUUAUGAAGCCAACAAGUAUAGAGUCAGCAAACGCUAAGGAUUCGAUUUCCUUAAUAAUAAAUGAGAACAGUGAUAGUUUGAAAGAGCCUGAAAACGCAAACAAGCCAAUAAAAAACCCCCAGAAAAUAAGGCAAGCUUGCUUAAUUUUCAAAUAA